AUGAAGAGCUACGAACCAGCCAAACAGGUUUGGCUUGUCACAGGUGGAUUAGGAGUGCUGUUUCGCUCUUUAUAUUGGAGAUGUGAACCGUGUGUGAUUAAGCACCAGUUAGUUGCAGUGCCGAGUAUGCAGGGGGCAGAGACGUGUGUGCAGUACAGCGGGAGGUUGUGCGGUUGCCGGGUAUGGUGCUGUGGUGGAGCUCAUGAACGGGUGGUGAAGCUCAUGAAUAUCUCUCAAGCUAUUGACAUGUUCAUCACUCGGAGAAAAUUGGAAAAGCAAAAUGUUGGAUUCACUUUUCUGACAAUUAGACGGAAAAUUGUUCAUCAUCAUCCUUUGAGCGUCUGUGUUGUGCAAGCUCUGUGUAACAUGUCAGGGAAUUAUAACAGUAAAAUAUGGAUGGAUUAUAGUAGACCUAGAAAAGUUUAUACUGAUGGAGUGGAGAGCUUUCUUAAUUUUGCAUUUAGGAGUCAACCAGAAGGAGGAAAAAUCCCAUGUCCGUGUCAGCAAUGUGUGCUUUACAAGUAUGGAAACAGAGCAGAGGUGUAUGAUCAUCUAGUUGUAAUUGGCAUUAUGCCAGGAUACAGGGUUUGGGAUCACCAUGGUGAGUCAAGGUCGAAUCCUAUUGAAGGUCAUCAUCUAGAACAAGAAAUAUUUAGGGUUGAUAAUAUGAAUGAAUUGAUACAGGGAGCUUUAGGAGUGAACAACCUACAUGAGAAUAUGAAUAUAGAUGGAGAAGCUUUAGGAGAACAAACUGCAGAAGGAUUUUUUGCACAAGAACAUGAAAAAGCUAAUCAAUCUUCACAUGCCGAAAAACGUAAACGAUUACAAGAAGAUGCUGAUACAGAAUUAUAUUCUGGGUGCAAGAACUUCACUGUACUUUCUUAUGUGCUUUAUUUGUAUCAUGCCAAGUGCUUGUUUAAGUGGAGCAAUAAGUCAUUUAGUGUGUUGCUUAAAAUGAUUAAAAAAGCAUUUCCUGUUGCUAAAACAUUUCCAAACUCCUUUAAUGGAGCAAAGAAGAUCAUUGAUCGAUUAGGUCUCCAAUACGAAAAGAUUCAUGCUUGUCCUAAUGAUUGCAUGCUUUUUUGGAAAGAAAAGAGUAACAAUGAUGCAUGUUCAAUAUGUGGGGCAUCUAGAUGGAAAAAUGCUGAGAAUAAUUUGAUUAACAACACAUUGGGGAAAAAAAAGAGAACUCCAGCAAAGGUGUUAAGGUUUUUUCCUUUGAAGCCAAGACUCAAACGGUUAUACAUGUCAUCCAAAACAUCAGAAUUGAUGAAAUGGCAUGCAAAUGAUCGUAUUAAAGACGGUGCCUUAAGGCAUCCAGCUGAUUCAGAAGCGUGGAAGAGGUUCGAUUUACAAUAUCCAGAGUUUGCUAAGGACCCACGUAAUGUCCAAUUAGGGCUUGCCAGUGAUGGUUUCAACCCUUUUGGGACACUACAAAGUGUUUAUAGUACAUGGCCGGUGAUUUUAAUGCCAUACAAUCUACCACCAUGGUUGUGUAUGAAGCAACCAUAUUUCAUACUUUCUCUGUUAAUUCCUGGUCCAAACGGCCCUGGUAAUAACAUAGAUGUAUAUUUGCAACCUCUUGUACAAGAGUUGAUUGAAUUGUGGGAGGUUGGAGAAGAUACAUUUGAUGCAUCAUCUAAAGAAACUUUCAAUAUGCGGGCAGCUAUAAUGUGGACAAUAAAUGAUUUUCCUGCAUAUGGUAAUUUGUCUGGUUGGUGUACCUAUGGUCGUUUUGCAUGUCCUGUUUGUAAUGAAGAUACUAGUUCUAUGCGAUUAAAGUAUGGAAAGAAAUUUUGUUACAUGUAUCAUCGUCGGUUUUUGGAUCAUAGCUCAAACUACCGAAAUGAUGCAAAAUCUUUUGAUGGGACUAAAGAAUUAAGAGAUGCACCAAUUGUACUAUCAGGAUCAGAAAUUUUACAUCAAAUGAGGGGGAUCAAGUUCAAUCUUGGUAAGGCUAGUGAUGAAGUUAUUGGGGUAAAGAAGGGUACAUGGAAAAAGAGAAGUGUUUUUUUUCAAAGUUCCUUAUUGGGAACUCUUCACAUACAAGAGCUUAAGCGACUUGAAUCAAAGGUUAUUUUAACCCUUUGUAAUUUCAAGAGGAUAUUUCCAUCAUCAUUCUUCACAAUUAUGGUGCAUUUAGUAGUUCACUUGGUAAGUGAAGCAAUGAUUGCCGGACCGGUACAAUAUUGUUGGAUGUAUCCAGUUGAGAGAUAUUUGUCAACUUUGAAGUCUUAUGUGCGAAACAAAGCACGUCCUGAAGGUUCUAUAGCAGAAGCGUACAUUGUGGCAGAAUGUUUGACAUUCUGCUCUCGUUACUUAGAAGAUGCAGAAAUGAUGCCCAAUCGAUCCAUGAGGAAUCAUGCAGACAAUGAAGUCGAAAUAAUUGAAGGAUCAACUCUCUUCCCAAUUGUAGGAAAACCAUAUGGGAAUACCCAAGGUUUCUUGAUGGAUGAAAAAAUGUGGAUCCAAGCACAUCGUUAUGUGCUCUUUAAUUGUGAUUGCCCAAAAGUAGAAGCUUUUAGAAAUGAUAAGGUUAAGGAGUCUGAUAGUUCUUCUGAUGAUAUUAAUGCACUUGGUCGGGGUCCAAAUCAUAUUGCAAGGAGAUUCAAAGCAAUUGAUAUGAAUAAUGGGUAUAGAUUUCGAACCAAGGAGUAUGAGAUGGAUAUGACUACCCAAAACAGUGGAGUCAUGGUUGUUGCAAAAACACAAAGUUAUGCAAGUACUAGUGACUCACGCCCUGUGUUUGGUGAUGUUAUAUAUUAUGGUUCAUUGACUGACAUACUUGAAUUGAACUAUUACGACAAGUUUAGGGUGAUUCUCUUUCGAUGUGAUUGGGUUGAUGUAACCCAAGGUAGAGGAGUGAAGCAUGAUUCAUUAGGGUUCAAGUUGAUUAAACUAUCUCAUAUGAUGCAUACAGGUGAACGUUUGAGUAAUGAACCAUUUUUAUUUGCGUCUCAAGCUCAACAAGUUGUUUUUGUCCAAGAUCGUAGGGAAUUGGAGUGGUUCAUUACUUUGCCAAUAAAUCCUAGAGACACUUUUGAUAUGGGAGAUGAGUCCUCCAAUGGUGACCUGGGUGUGCGUACGAACAAUGAGUCUUAUAUUUUUCCUCUAUUGGAUGAAACACUCCAAAUAGAACAAGAUGAUUUAAAUUGGGUGAGAAGCGGCGUAGAUGGGACAAUUAUUAGUACAACAAUGGAACAAAGUAAAGUUAUGGUCCAAGAUACUGAUGAUGAUGAUGGUGGAAGUGAUCCUAAUUGUUGA